UUUCAAAGAUGUACUUCAAAAGAAAAGAGAAGAGAAAGGGGAGAAAAUAAGAUCAAAAAGAUUUCUGUUAGUCACUGUAGUAACACAAUCUUGAAACAUGUGAGCUGUGUUGAACAAGGUACAUUGUGUAGUUUUCUGGAUGAGCAUAGCCUGGAGUUCCAGCAAACCCCAAACUAAGCAUGCUCCAGUCAUUUGUGCCUGUCAAAGAACUAUUUGCUCCUGAGCCCAGUUGUGAUACCAGGGGCACUUGCCAAAAAUUCUAACACAGCUCGUGUGGCACUGAGUCAAUGCCCUGUAACUGUCUGACCAUCCCACUCUGCAUGUUGCAAACUUCUCAAAAUGGGGUUGGUCUUUUGCUGCCACUGAAUCAAUCCCAAAUAUGCCUUGUCACCAAAUCCAAAAUAAAUAUGAGUGACAGAUGAAAUAAAGGUAUUUACUCACUGAGACAUAUUACAGAGAGGAAGCCUGAGAUAAAGACAUCCUCUUCAGCACUCAGGAGAAUCCAUUGAUUUGGGUGAAGAGGUUGCUAUUUGAAAAAAAAUGAGUAAGAACUAUAGAUGGAAACAUCCUGAAAUGACCGUGCAUGAUGCAGGUGGACUAAAAAACUUUUGGGAGAAAAAAAUUGAACACCAUGCUAAACAAGUGGAAAAUGAAAACUCUCGAAUAAGCAGGAGUGCCCUGGAUAAGCUCCGUUGUGAAUGGACUCGGAGACUGGAAGGGAGACUCAAGAUGCUACAGCAGCCUCAGGAAGAGCCCAAGAAAUCAUCCCUACUCCCAAUUGAAUCUUUCCACCUUGCUGAUAAAACAGUAGCCUAAAGUUAUUAAUAAUAUGGUAAUAGGAAAAAACAUUGCUUCAUGGAGAGGGAGAGCCCCCUUAGGAGAUUCCUAUGAAAUAGUGAAGCCCAAGCUGAAUGUUGAGCAGGAAUUUUAAAGUGUUAAUUUAAAAUGUGUUCAUACAGGAAUAUAUUCAAUAUGGAAAUUGUGGCCAUGUUUCAUUGUUUCAUUCAGAUCACAGUAGGAUCCUUUCAUAAAAUUACUCAACAUGUUCUCCAGAUCAGAUUCUUUCUCCCCAAACUUAGGUACUACAACUGAACGAUGGCCAAUAUUGGAGUCUGUGAGAGCAGAUACAUCUGGUUAUGUGACCUCUUAAGGACCCCAAGUAAUUCUCUAAGAUUAGAAAUUGCCUAUGAAUUUCAAACUUCAGACUUUGCAUUGGUGGAAGGAGUUUCUAAAUUAGAAGUUCUCCCUAAGAACAAGGGAUGAUUUACCUAUCAGAUCUUUGAAGGGAUUUAUGACCUAUCAGGUCUUUGGAGAAGGGAGGAAUUAUGAUGAGAGAACAUUAUGAAAAGCAAAAUGGACAACUUUUGAUUACACUAAAUUAAAAAGGGUUUGCACAAACAAAACCAACAGAAACAAGAUUAAAAGGGAAGUACAAAGCUGGGGGAAAUCUUUACAGUCAGUAUUUCUGAUGAAGUUCUCAUUUCUAAAAUGAUUAUAAAACUGUGUCAAAUUUAUAAAAAUACAAGUCAUUACCUAAUUGAUAAAUGGCCAAAGUAUAAGAUAUUUCAGGUGAUGAAAUUAAAGCUAUUUAUAAUUAUAUGGGGAAAAUGCUCUAGGGAUAUCUAAGUGAUGUAGUGGAUGGAGCACCAGCCCUGAAGUCAAGAGGACCUCAGUUCAAAUCUGACCUCAGACACUACUUCUUAGCUGUAUAACCCUGGGCAAGUCACUUAAGCCUAAUUAUCUCAGGAAAAAAAAUGCUCUAAAUGACUAUUGAUUAGAGAAAUGCAAAUUAAAAGAACUCUGAGGUACCACCUCAAACCCUCAUAUUGGCUAAGAUGACAGGAAAAGAUAAUAAUAAAUGUUGGAGGAGAUGUGGGAAAACUGGGACACUAAUGCAUUGUUGGUAGAAUUAUGAAAUGAUCCAACCAUUCUGGAGAGCAAUCUAGAACUAUGCCCAAAGGACUAUAAGACUAUGCAUAUCAUUUGACCAGCAAUACCAUUCUUGGGUCUAUAUUCCAAGGAAAACAUAAAGGAGGGAAAGGACCUACAUGUGCAAAAAUAUUUGUAGUGGCUUUUUGUGGUAACAAAGAAUUGGAAAGGAGUAGAUGCCCUUCAAUUGGGGAAUGGCUGAACAAGCUGUGGUCCAUGAAGGUAACGGAAUGUUAUUGUUCUAUAAAAAAUGAUGAACAAGCUGAUUAUAGAAAGGCUGGAAAGAUUUAUAUGAACUGAUGAUGAGCAAAAUGAGCAGAACUGGGAAUGCAUUACACAAUAACGGAAAUGAUGUGCUGGGAUCAACUAUGAAAGGCUUGGUUCUUCUCAAUGGUUCAGCGAUCCAAAGCAAUCUCACUAAACUUUGGACAGAAAAUGCCAUCUGCAUCCAGAAAAAGAUCUAAGGAGACUGAAUGUAAACCAACUAUUCACUUCUUUUUUUUCUCCCAUGGUUUUUCCUGUUUGUUCUGAUUUUUAUUUCCCAACAUGAUUCAUAAAACAAUAUGUAUUAAAAAUAAAAAAGCUUACCAAAAAAUAAGGUUCUCCAUAGUCAUGAAUUUAGAGAACAAUCUCUUCUCUCUGCUCCUACCACCACUACAAAUGCACACAAAUCUCACAGAUCUUUCCUAGAUACUGCAGUUAUAAAUGAUUACACUUUACUUCUUCUCCUGUUCAGUUUCCUGGCUUCUCUCUCUUGCUAAUUUAAGUUUUUCUAGUACUAAUGCUCAAAAUUAACUCAAAAAGAAAUUUAGCAUAGGAAAUAUCAAUAAAACUACAUUAUCUAAUAAAAUUUCUUAUAUGUUUUUCACUUCUUCAAAAUGUGCUUACAAAUAUUUCUUUUUAUCCAUGCAGCAACUCUGUGAAAUAAAAAAUGAAGAAUCAUAGUUCUCUUUUUUUUCUUCUAGUUAAGUAGAUUAAAAAAUAGAGAAUAUAAGGACUGUGGCACAUAGUAAA